ACCCUAACACCUGAUGAUGUCAUCAGCCUCAGGUAGCCUCCUCACCUGUUCUUCUGGCUCUGGUACGACUUGAUGUGGUUGUACCAGCGCAGGGCGUGGCACAGGUCGGCCGCCGGCGCUGCCCCCCCGAUGGCCUCGAACACGGCCACGUCAGCCUGGGACGGGACGUACCUGGACAGGUAACACAGCGGCAACAUACGGCAAGGUGUAUCUCCACUAGCAGAGAACCCGUCGGACCUGUCACACUGUCACGUGACGCGCUGUGAUUGGACGCUGCUCUCCUAUUGGCUGCUGGCGUUAGUGAAACUGAACAGCUGAGUUUCAGUCAUAAACACACAGACGAAGAAGAAGAUGGGACACGCUCAGAGCUCUUCUCCGCAGGUGAUCUUGAUGGGUUUGGACUCUGCUGGAAAGACGACUCUGUUGGCCCACCUGCUGACAGGACAGGUGAUGGAAACGUCUCCGACCAUCGGGUUCAACGUGGGAACUCUGAAUCUGGACAAGAAGACGUCUCUGACUGUUUGGGACGUCGGAGGACAGAAGAGUAUGAGAGACAACUGGAGGCACUACCUUGACGACUGCCAGGCUCUGGUGUUCGUGGUGGACAGCAGUGACCCGGCCCGGCUGCCCGAGGCCCAGAAGGUUCUGAAGAAAGUUCUGAGUGAGAAGAAGCUGGAGGGAGUUCCUCUGAUGGUUCUGGCCAACAAGAACGACCUGCCCAACGCCAUGACCAUCCAACAGGUCUCCACCCAGCUGUUACUCCCCAGUAUGAGGACCUGCGUUGGGAGAUCCAGGCCUGCAGUGGUCUGAAGGGUCUGGGCCUCCAGCAGGCCUUCACCUCCGUCAACAAACUCAUCAGACACAACAGACA